CGUUGAACAGUAUUCCCAAGCAUUUUACAAUCGACGUAGAACUUGCUCCAACAAUAAACCUUGCAAAGGUACGCUUUGAAAAACCAAUCCAGCCUUGUACCAUCACAACUGCAUAUAUAAAGCCGAAUUUACAUCUACAUCUGAAUGUGGAUUUGGAAAGAUGGCCACAAGUCAAAAUUUAUCACCAGUUACCGAAUUAUUCACCAAACGGUUACCAAAAAUAGAGCUACAUGCCCAUCUGAGCGGCAGCAUAACUCGAGAAUGUCUGCACGAGAUAUGGCUGCGAAAGAAAUCUCACGAUCCGAACUUUGAUCUAGAUGAUCCAUGGGUACUAAUGCCCCCAGGGAAAGUUGACUAUAGGGUGAACAUAUUCUUCGACGUCUUCUCAAAAAUGAUUUAUCAGUUGUGCAAUGAUGUUGAUAGUAUCUUAUGCGCUACGAGUGCUGUUCUGAACGAUUUCAAGCGUGAUGGUGUACGGUAUUUGGAGCUACGAACCACACCCAGAGAGAUUCGCGGUCAUGAUGGAGAGAUUAUUGUCUCGAAGGAGACUUAUAUUCUCACAGUGUUGAGUGCAAUUGAUGCAUUCCGCCAAGAUCAAACCAAGGCUAACAACGUAGAUGGAAUGGUUGUAUAUCUCAUCCUAUCUAUAGAUCGAGCGAGAGAUAACCCCGAAUCGGCAAUGCAAGUUGUUGAUCUUGCUCUAAAACACCGCAUAUAUAACGAAAACCUCGCAAUCAUCGGAAUCGAUCUCUGCGGGAACCCGAACAAGGGCGAUGUUUCAAUCUUUCGCUCAGCAUUUGCUCUCGCAAGAUCAGAAGGGCUCAAAAUCACACUUCAUUUCGCCGAGACCUUGUUCUCGGGGGAGAUCAAGGAACUAGAGACUCUACUGUCAUUCGCACCAGAUCGUUUAGGACAUGUCAUCCAUGUUCCCGACGCCAUCAAGGAAAAGAUAACCGACAGAGGCAUCGGCCUUGAAUUAUGCAUGUCCUGUAAUGUGCAUGCAAAGAUGAUCAAAGGUGGUUUCGAGGAUCAUCAUUUUGCGUAUUGGCUGAAGACGGCAUGUCCGUUGGCUUUAUGUACUGACGAUGUGGGUUUCUUCUGCAGUCCUGUUUCGCAAGAAUAUUUUCUGGCCGCGAAGCAUUUUGGUCUCAACCGUUCAGACUUGAUUGCACUUUGCGUUAGGGGUGUGGAUGCUAUCUUUGGCGGCGAGAAUGAAAAGAGCAGGCUACGGCAGCUUCUAGAGGAUUUCACUUUAGAAGGAUAACUAAAUUCGACAUACGCAUUAAGACCACCGAGCUUUGAAGUGCGAAAGAUAAUUUGACGUAGGGAAUUACUUGACUUUUUCUUUGAUAACAUUCUCGUGCAAGUGAAUAGACCGAAGCUAUAGUACCCUCUAACAUGACAAUAAUC